AUGGCCAAGCCCAGCGCAGAGCUCACCCGCGAGCUGCAAGACAGCAUCCGGAGGUGCCUGAGCCACGGGGCUGUACUCCAGCAGCACCGAGUGAAACUGGAGAUCAAGCCCAAGAAGUUUGAAGACCGAGUGCUGGCCCUGACCUCCUGGCGCCUACACCUCUUCCCCCUUAAGGUCCCAGCUAAGGUGGAGAGCUCCUUCAAUGUCUUAGAGAUCCGCGCCUUCAACACACUCAGCCAGAACCAGAUCCUGGUGGAGACAGAGCGUGGGGUAGUGAGCAUGCGGCUGCCCUCAGCUGAGAGCGUGGACCAGGUGACCCGACAUGUGAGCUCCGCCCUCUCCAAGGUCUGCCCUGGCCCUGGGUGCCUAAUCCGACGUGGAAAUGCUGACACCCCAGAGGGGCCCCGAGACACAUCCCCCAACUCUGAGACUUCCACUUCUACUACUCACAGUGUCUGUGGUGGCUUCUCUGAGACCUAUGCUGCCCUGUGCGACUACAAUGGGCUGCACUGCCGUGAGGAGGUGCAAUGGGAUGUGGACACCAUCUACCAUGCUGAGGAUAACCGGGAGUUCAAUCUUUUGGAUUUCAGCCACCUGGAGAGCCGGGACUUGGCCUUAAUGGUGGCCGCUCUGGCCUAUAAUCAGUGGUUCACCAAACUCUACUGCAAGGACCUGCGGCUGGGCUCCGAAGUGCUAGAACAGGUGCUACAUACUCUAAGCAAGUCGGGAAGCCUGGAAGAACUGGUGCUGGACAACGCUGGGCUUAAGACGGACUUUGUCCAGAAGCUGGCCGGGGUGUUUGGGGAGAACAGGAGCUGUGUGCUGCAUGCCCUCACUUUGUCCCACAACCCCAUCGAGGACAAGGGUUUCCUCAGCCUGAGCCAGCAGCUCCUCUGCUUCCCCACUGGCCUCACCAAACUGUGCCUGGCCAAGACUUCCAUUUCCCCAAGAGGGCUCCAGGCGCUGGGCCAGACCUUCGGGGCCAACCCAGCCUUUGCCAGCUCCCUCCGAUACCUGGACCUGAGCAAGAACCCUGGGCUGCUUGCCACGGAUGAGGCCAAUGCCCUCUACAGUUUCCUGGCCCAGCCCAACGCUCUGGUGCACCUGGACCUGUCGGGGACUGACUGUGCCAUUGACUUGCUUCUGGGAGCCUUGCUCCAUGGCUGCUGCUCCCACCUUACCUACCUCAACCUGGCUCGCAACAGCUGCUCCCACAGGAAGGGCCGGGAUGCCCCACCAGCCUUCAAACAAUUCUUCAGCAGCGCCUACACACUGAACCAUGUCAAUUUGUCGACCACUCGGCUGCCCCUGGAGGCCCUCAGGGCGCUGCUCCAGGGCCUCUCGCUCAACAGUCACCUCAGUGACCUGCAUCUGGACCUCAGCAGCUGUGAGCUCCGAUCUGCCGGAGCACAGGCCCUGCAGGAGCAGCUGGGUGCUGUCACUUGCGUGGGCAGCCUGGACCUAUCAGACAAUGGGUUUGACUCCGACCUCCUGACUCUUGUGCCUGCACUUGGCAAGAACAAGUCCCUCAAACACCUGUUCCUGGGCAAGAACUUCAACGUCAAGGCCAAGACCCUGGAGGAGAUCCUCCACAAGUUGGUGCAGCUGAUCCAGGAAGAGGACUGUUCCCUGCAGUCACUGUCGGUGGCGGACUCCCGGCUGAAGCUUCGCACAAGCAUCCUCAUCAAUGCUCUGGGCAGCAACACGUGCCUGGCUAAAGUGGAUCUGAGUGGCAAUGGCAUGGAGGACAUCGGGGCCAAGAUGCUGUCCAAGGCCCUGCAGAUAAACUCCUCCCUCAGAACUAUCCUGUGGGAUCGGAACAACACAUCUGCCCUGGGCUUCCUGGACAUUGCAAGGGCCCUAGAGAGCAACCACACCCUGCGCUUCAUGUCCUUCCCUGUGAGUGACAUCUCCCAAGCCUACCGCAGCGCUCCUGAGCGAACUGAGGACAUCUGGCAGAAGAUCCAGUGGUGCCUGGUGAGGAACAACCACUCCCAAACGUGCCCUCAGGAGCAAGCCUUCAGGCUUCAGCAGGGCCUGGUGACCAGUAGCGCCGAGCAAAUGCUGCAGCGGCUGUGUGGACGCGUGCAGGAGGAGGUGCGGGCCCUGAGACUGUGUCCCCUGGAACCUGUGCAGGAUGAGCUGCUCUAUGCUCGAGACCUCAUCAAGGAUGCCAAGAACUCCCGAGCGCUGUUUCCCAGCCUCUAUGAACUGGGCCAUGUGCUGGCCAAUGAUGGACCUGUGCGACAAAGGCUAGAGUCUGUAGCCAGUGAGGUGUCGAAGGCUGUGGACAAGGAGCUGCAGGUAAUCCUGGAGUCUAUGGUCAGCCUAACACAGGAGUUAUGCCCUGUGGCCAUGCGUGUGGCCGAGGGACACAACAAGAUGCUGAGCAAUGUUGCAGAACGUGUCACCGUACCCCGGAACUUCAUCCGAGGAGCGCUGUUGGAACAGGCGGGCCAGGACAUUCAGAACAAGCUGGAUGAAGUGAAGCUCUCAGUGGUCACCUACUUGACCAACUCCAUAGUGGAUGAGAUCCUGCAGGAGCUCUACCACUCCCACAAGAGCCUGGCCCGGCACCUAGCCCAGCUAAGGACACUGUCAGAUCCGCCAGGGGGACCGGGCCAAGGUCAGGAUCUAUCAUCCCGGGGCCGAGGCCGGAGCCAUGACCAUGAAGAGACCACAGAUGAUGAACUUCUUGGGACCAACAUUGACACCAUGGCCAUAAAGAAGCAGAAACGCUGUCGCAAGAUCCGCCCCGUAUCUGCCUUCAUUAGUGGGAGUCCUCAGGACAUGGAAGGCCAACUGGGAAGCCUGGGGAUUCCCCCUGGAUGGUUCUCAGGCCUUGGGAGCAACCAGCCUACAGUUAGUGGCUCCUGGGAAGGUCUAUCAGAGCUGCCCACUCAUGGCUAUAAACUAAGGCAUCAGACACAGGGGAGGCCCCGGCCCCCCAGAACCACCCCUCCAGGACCUGGCCGGCCCAGUGUCCCGGUGCCUGGGACUCGUCAGGAGAACGGAAUGGCCACACGCCUAGAUGAGGGACUAGAGGACUUCUUCAGUCGAAGAGUCAUGGAUGAAAGUUCCAGUUACCCUCGGACUCUAAGGACUGUUCGGCCAGGCCUCUCAGAGCCACCACUGCCCCCACUCCAGAAGAAGAGACGCCGAGGCCUGUUUCACUUCCGGCGACCCCGGAGCUUCAAGGGGGAAAGAGGACCCGGGUCCCCCACCACCGGUCUCCUCCUCCCUCCACCCCCCCCCCCCCCCCCAACUCAGGAGAGCCCCCCGAGUCCAGACCCCCCAAGCCUUGGCAAUAAUUCUUCCCCUGCCUGGAGCCCAGAGGAGGAGAGUGGCCUCCUGCCUGGAUUUGGUGGAGGCCGAGGACCUUCUUUCCGCAGGAAGAUGGGUGCAGAUGUGUCAGAGCCAGGAGAAGGGGGCCCAGCCCCUGGGGCAUCACAGCAGCCAACCCGAGUCCACGGAGUUGCCCUUCCUGGGUUGGGAAGAGCCAAGGGUUGGAGCUUCGAUGGGAAACGAGAGGGUGCAGGCCCAGAACUGGAGGGCAGCACCCAGGCGUGGCAGAAACGGCGCUCUUCAGAUGAUGCUGGGCCUGGAGCCUGGAAGCCACCGCCUCCCCCGCAAAGUACCAAGCCGAGCUUCAGUGCCAUGCGUCGAGCAGAGGCCACGUGGCACAUAGCUGAGGAAAGUGCUCCCAACCACAGCUGCCAGAGCCCAAGCCCGGCCUCCCGAGAUGGGGAAGAGGAAAAGGAAGGGACCCUAUUCCCAGAGAGGACAGUUCCAGCUAGGAAUGCCAAGGUGAGGGAGCCCCCUUUAGUUCCACGCCCCCCCAAGCCAGUGGCUGUGCCUAGGGGCCGCAGGCCCCCACAGGAACCAGGGUGCAGGGAGGAGGUUGAAGCUGAGAGUGCUGUCCCAGAAGUGAACAAACCUAGGCUGCGCCUAGGGUCACAGCAAGACCAAGAGGAACUGGAGGCCCAAGUGCCCCCGGAUCCAGGCCGCAGGACUGCCCCACUGAAGCCCAAGAGGACUCGGCGUGCACAGUCCUGUGACAAGCUGGAGCCUGAUCGGAGACGGCCCCCUGACCCCCCAGGAACCAGUGAACCAGGAACAGACUGA